UGUAGAUUGCUGAUUAUCGAAUUCAAUGUUUAAUUUUUUUUACACAAAUUAACUGCAUAUAUAUAAAGAUAAGUAGAAAGUUAUCGUGAGAUUUAAGUUUGACGUAUAGAAAAAGUUUAAUUUGACAACUAUAUAAUAAUAUCCAUUUCAUACUCGUUUCAGUUAAAUUUCGUCCUGAAAUGUUCGGUAAAAUACAAAUUCUAAUUUUUAUGCUGUCAAUUAUUCUCUACACUAUGCAAACAGCUAAUAAAAUAAAUGGAGAACCAAUGCGUCGAUGGUAUCCUGUAGGAGUUGACGGCGCCAGAAAACCUUCAUUCAGUCAAGGUGAUAACGUUGCUGAAUUCGAACUACCUUAUAAUGGUGAUCAAUAUGAUCAAGAGGUUUGGAAGCGAGCUGUCCGAUUAAUGAGACUUGGUUGAUUACAAUUAAAUUGACUGAAUAACAAAUCUGAAUUAUUAUAAAUGUUCAUUAAAUAAGAAUUUAUAAAACAUUUAUUCAUUAAAUUUUUUUUUGAUAUUAAGUGAAUUGUUUUAUCAGAACCAUGAAUUCUGCAUUAUUAGUCAAUAAAAAUAUUCCGUAUU